CUGCUUGUUCCCGGCUCUUUCAAGUCAAGAUAUUUAGUUUACAAUUUCAUUAGAGAUUUAUAUUUAAACAAAUAAAAGAUGAAGUUAACGGUGGACGGCCUGCUUGUUUAUUUCCCCUACGAUUAUAUUUACCCGGAACAAUAUGCCUAUAUGUUGGAGUUGAAGCGAGCACUGGAUGCUAAGGGUCAUGGCCUACUGGAGAUGCCCUCUGGAACUGGCAAGACUAUAUCUCUGCUGUCUCUCAUUGUGGCCUACAUGAUACAGAACCCACACCACAUUAGAAAGCUGAUUUACUGUUCGCGUACACUACCCGAGAUUGAGAAAGUAUUGGAGGAAUUGAAAAAUCUGAUAAAUUACUAUGAGAAGAGUCAAGGGGAGAAGCCUAGUCUAACUGGUGUUGUUCUCAGUUCAAGGAAGAAUCUUUGCAUACAUCCUGAGGUGUCGCGUGAAAGAGAGGGCAAGUUAGUGGACGGCAGAUGUCACUCGCUGACCGCUAGCUACAUUAGGGAUCGGCACGAGAGGGAUACUUCUGUCCCGGUUUGUCAGUUCUACGAGGGCUUCAACCGAGAAGGCAAGGAGUCGAUGCUACCUUACGGUGUAUACACCAUGGACGAUCUGAAACAGUACGGCGCUGACAGGAACUGGUGUCCGUACUUCUUGUCCAGAUUUGCUAUAAUUCACGCCGAAAUCGUGGUAUAUUCCUACCACUACCUCCUAGACCCGAAGAUCGCGGAAGUUGUGUCCAAGGAGCUGAACAAGGAAGCCGUAGUGGUUUUCGACGAAGCGCACAACAUAGACAAUGUUUGCAUAGAUUCCUUAAGUGUCAAACUCACUAGACGGACCAUAGACAAGAGCACACAGGCGUUGCAGUCUCUGGAAAAAGCGGUUACACUAUUAAAGCAAGAGGACGCUGAACGCCUUACGUUGGAGUACGAGCAAAUGGUAGAAGGUCUUCGAGAAGCAGCGGUAGCACGCGAUACGGAUAUGAUACUCGCGAACCCCGUACUGCCUGAUGAAGUUUUAAACGAGGUAGUUCCGGGCAACAUAAGGAACGCUGAGCAUUUCCUAGGGUUUUUAAAACGUUUCAUCGAGUAUUUGAAAACCAGAUUACGAAUACAGCACGUGGUGCAAGAAUCUCCGGCAGGUUUCCUCAAAGACGUCGCCGCCCGCGUGUGCAUAGAACGCAAGCCGCUCCGGUUCUGCUCCAGCCGCCUUCAGUCCCUCAUGCGGACCCUGGAGAUCCCGGACCCUUCCAACUUCGGGGCCCUGACCCUCGUCGCCAACCUCGCGACCCUGGUGUCCACUUACACCAAGGGUUUCGUCAUCAUCGUCGAACCAUUCGACGACAGGACGCCCACUGUCUCGAACCCUAUUCUGCACUUCUCAUGUAUGGACUCGUCAAUCGCGAUGCGACCCGUGUUCAGCAGAUUCCAGUCUGUCAUCAUUACUUCUGGAACUUUAUCACCGCUGGACAUGUACCCUAAAAUCUUGGACUUCAACCCGGUCAUUAUGAGCUCCUUCACCAUGACGUUAGCGAGGCCCUGCAUUUUACCUAUGAUAGUAUCCAAAGGCAGCGACCAGGUGACGAUAUCCUCGAAGUACGAGACCAGGGAAGACGUCGCAGUCAUCCGGAACUACGGACAGUUGUUAGUCGAGAUAUCGGCGUGCGUGCCGGACGGGGUGGUGUGUUUCUUCACGUCGUACCUUUACCUUGAGAGCGUCGUCGGCGCUUGGUACGAUCAAGGAGUGGUGGCUUCUCUACAGAGGCACAAGUUACUGUUCAUCGAAACCCAAGACUCUGCCGAGACAAGUUUCGCACUAAUCAAUUAUAUCAAGGCGUGCGAGAGCGGGCGCGGCGCCGUGCUGUUGUCGGUGGCGCGGGGGAAGGUGUCGGAGGGGGUGGACUUCGACCACCACCUGGGCCGCGCCGUGCUGAUGUUCGGCAUCCCCUACGUGUUCACGCAGAGCCGCAUCCUCAAGGCGCGCCUGGACUACCUGCGCGACCAGUUCCAGAUCCGCGAGAACGAUUUCCUGACCUUCGACGCCAUGCGGCACGCGGCUCAGUGCGUGGGCCGAGUGCUGCGGGGCAAGACGGACUACGGCAUCAUGAUUUUCGCGGACAAGCGCUUCAGCCGCGCCGACAAGCGCACCAAACUGCCGCGCUGGAUCCAGGAACACUUGCGCGACUCGCUCUGCAACCUCAGCACCGAAGAGGCCGUGCAGAUCAGCAAGCGUUGGCUCCGGCAGAUGGCGCAGCCGUUCACGCGGGAAGACCAGCUCGGAGUUUCCCUGCUCACCCUCGCGCAGCUACAGUCCCAGGAGCAACAGGACAAGAUCGAGAAACAGGUCAUACAGAAGUGAACCUUAUGGCGAACGACUUACGGAGCAUACGUGAGCGAAGGGAAUGCCUCCAGUUCCUUGAAUAUGAGGGAAGCAAAGGAACAAAACAAAUGGUUUCAAGUCCAUUAUUCAAAUCUCACUCUUCUAUAAAAGUCGCUGCAAAACUGAUAUCCAGCGACGGCUCGUCUAAACAUCCUUAUUAUAUUCAAAAUUCAUUUAUUUCUUUUUCAUGCACCUUAAAACCAUACCAUGCUACUAUGAUGUGUUAAUUUAAUUCAAAUUUCAUUUAUUUCGAGUAGGCCUAGUUUAUGAGCACUUUUGGAAUUUCAAGUCAGUCUGUUUGUAGUGACUCUACCGCCAGUUCGGAAGGCAGAUUCCACAGAGAAAGCUCCUUUACAAUAUCAUGUACAGUUUGACAAUCUCUAGAAUUCUUCUAUAUUGUGAGAGACGAAAGCAUACUGGCCGGCUUCUAAGCAGCCUUGUCGUUAAGAAUGAAUAUUUUUUUUUUAAACUUAUAAAGUAAAAUGCAAUAUAACCUCGGUAUCAUGUAAAAAGGCCAUAUUAAGGUAUCAUGUAUAACGGUCAUAGAAGUUUUAUUACUUAACCGAAAUUCAAUGCGCCUUCCUUAGCAAUUCAUUCAAAACGCAACAGUUAACGUAGGUAUAGCGAGUUAAAAAAAAGUUAGAACUUCAAACACUAAUAUAUCGAGAAAUAUAACCGGAUUGGAUGCAUAAUUAUAACAGGAUUUUUUUAAACUCGCGCGACUGACUCGUGCAACAGUUUUGGGUAGCAUAUUUUUUUUAUUUUUCUUUGAUUUUUGGUUCUCUCGAAUUUUGCAAGUGAUAAUCCGAAGUGGUUUCUAAAUCGAGUAUUUUUGAUAUUGUUUAUGGGUGGUACCACCUAUCCAAAUAGCCUUUUAUAGUUAUGGCUAAAUGUGGUACGCAACACUAUUGCCUGGUAGCCUCCUACUUUAACGUCAAUAUUUUUAAUAGAAUUUUUAUAUGUUUAGGAAUAUGUCUGAAGCAGAACAGACGAUAUUUGAAUUUAUUUUAUUACCAACUAGCGGACCCGGCAGACGUCGUCUUGCCCGGUAAAGCAACGCAACCUACCGGUUCCAAUUUAAUUUUCAUCCCUUCCAGGAACCUAUUGAAACACACAAAAUUUCAUCAAAAUCAGUCCAGGUGUGUAUGAGGAAUUGGCAGAUCAAACACUCGUACAGAAGAAUUAUGUACAUUGCUGUCGUUUUUAAUAUUUUUCUCACCGUUUAAACCUUCUACGAAUAAAACAAGGCCUAAAUUUGCCAAAUCGGCUUUUUUAGUGUCGAGAUUUAGUGAGACUAACGAACAACUUUUUAAUUUUUUUUAUAUAUAGAUUGGUUCAGUCAUCCGGCCUCACUAAACUAAACUUUCUCCAUAGAUGAUUUAAAACAGGAGGCAUGUCUUUUAAAGUAAACGCGUCAUAUCACUAUCACAAGUUUCGACUCUUGAUACCAAUUUAACAUUGCCAUAAUUUUUAAUAGACAUAAAUUACUGACAACUUGGUUUCAAGGUUCCGUUUAAAAUAGGAAAAACGCAACUCCGAUAGGAUCGAUUUGUUAUUAUUGAUUCAGGUGAUAAAUUUGGAAUAAACCAAAUGUUAUGUAAAAUAAAGCUAGUGACUUUGUAUAAUGUUAAGUUAAGUACAUAUUUCUAAAUAAAUGCGAUUUGACAUGAAAACUGAAUUUCAUUUU